AAUAAUCAUCUAACCAGUGAGACAGAUUGAGGAGGUUCAAGGCGUGCAGCAAGUCCUCGACCAAGAGGAGGAGGUCUCGAUGCAUGAGUUUUCCAAAUUCGAAGAAAAGCUGCGACAGCAAAAAGGGCCUAGUGCUACGGCAUCGUCUCCGCUGGACAGCGCUGGGGCGUGAGGGCAUCGUAAUGCUUUGCCAGCAUUUGUUUCCAUGUUUGAUUAUUGAAUAUAGAUGGCUGAACCGUUAUAUAACCCAAACUUCAAAAGUCUUACACUUGAUUGGACAUGCAUCCCCUCUGUGACGUAUAUUCCCUGCUCUGUUCUUAGAUACCACUCCUCUCUCCCCCAUCCCCCUGUGCUCUCGGACAAUACUCUGCAUAGGUGCAUGCAUCAAAGCUGGUGCGAGCGUGGCAUGGUUAGGUCAGCCGAUGAUGAUGGGCCGCACAAACAAAGGCUGGCGAUGCUGGAAGCUUGUGCAGUUCCGUGGUUCAAUGUUGUCGUUGCUUGCUUGCUUGUCGGGUGGCCCGUUGUGAUUCGUAGACAUGUGACGCUUAGCGAUUAUGGAUUUAUGAUCCUCGGAACCGGCUCGACUGGCGCCCGAGGGAUCAUCUUGUAUGGACACUACGGAGGAUUGUCUGGCAGACUAGCUGCUGCAACUUUCCCCCACCUCAGUUGCAGAAUGUGGGGUAGAAGGCCGCUAGGCUGUCCACACUCCCUGACGAGUAUAUAUGCAUAUGCUCUUUAUCAUUAGGGAUCUGACUAUGAAUAUGGUUGAACCAAUAGCUAUGAGUAAUAAUUGGCCUAUAGCGAUGAGUACAUAUGUAAGA